AUGCUGACCGUGCGCAUCGCCGAGGGCGGCGCGGCCGCGGCGCUCGCAGCCGCGGCGCCCCCGCAGCUGGGUCGGUCCCACCGCUUUGCGACCUCAGCGCUGCCGGCGGUCUGGUCGGCCGCCCGGGGGACGUUUCGGCCUUACCGGACAACCGCCGGCCCCGGCGGAGGCGACAGCUCGAGUGGCAACGUGGUGAGCGGGGCCGGUGGCAAAGGCUCCCCCGACGCAGCCGCCGCGGCCCCCGUGCAGCAACAGCAGCAGCAGCGGCAGAAGCAGCAGGAUCAGCAGCAGCCGGACAGUCAGCAGCAACCGCAGCAGCCGGCCGGCCGCAGUAAAGAGCCGCAUCACCAGGAAGCAGACGAGGCGGAUCAUUGGGUCGACCGCCUGCGCCACCGCCGCGCCGCGCCGGGCGCUGCAGCGGCAGGGCCUCACUCCAGACCGCCCGGCGCGGCCGCGUCCGCCAGCGACUAUAGCGCACACGGCCAUGUACACGCCCGCC